UUCCGCCCUAAAAGGCAAGAGGAACGCCGGGCGGAAGAAACACCCAACCGGACCGGAAGGGGCAGGUCCCGUGGGCGGGGCUGUCUAAUGGAGCCUCGUGGAAGCUGAGAUUGCCUUCCCGGUGGCUUCAGACAUCCUAACAUGGGGCUUACCAAACAGUAUCUCCGAUAUGUGCCUAGUGCUGUCUUUGGCCUGAUUGGUAGCCAAAAAGGUAACAUCGUUUUUGUGACACUUCGUGGCGAGAAAGGACGCUAUGUGGCAGUACCUGCCUGUGAGCACGUUUUUAUCUGGGACUUGAGGAAAGGCGAGAAGAUCCUUAUCCUUCAGGGGCUUAAACAAGAAGUCACUUGCUUGUGUCCUUCCCCAGAUGGGCUGCAUCUAGCUGUUGGUUAUGAGGAUGGAUCCAUCCGAAUCUUCAGCCUCCUCAGUGGUGAAGGAAACAUAACCUUCAAUGGACACAAAGCAGCUGUCACUAGCUUAAAGUACGAUCAGCUAGGAGGAAGACUGGCUUCUGGGUCCAAGGAUACAGAUGUUAUUAUUUGGGAUGUGAUCAAUGAAAGUGGCCUCUACCGUCUAAAGGGACACAAGGAUGCCGUCACACAAGCUCUGUUCCUACGAGAAAGGAAUCUGCUAGUUACAAGUGGGAAAGAUACUAUGGUAAAGUGGUGGGACCUUGAUAACCAGCACUGCUUCAAAACAAUGGUUGGCCACCGAACUGAGGUGUGGGGCUUGGUUCUGGUUUCAGAAGAAAAGCGACUAAUCACUGGGGCUGCAGACAGUGAGCUGAGAGCCUGGGAUAUCGCCUAUCUGCAAGAGAUUGAUGACCCAGAAGAACCAGAGCCCAAGAAAAUCAAAGAGUGUUCUGGAAUACAGGACAUGCCUGAAGCAGAGGAUGGUACCCCUGAGACAGAUGAAGCUUCUGAAGAUCGCAUCCUUUCAUGCAGAAAGGCUGGCUCCAUAAUGCGGGAAGGAAGGGACAGAGUUGUCAACCUUGCCGUGGACAAGACAGGCAGGAUUCUUGCUUGCCACGGAACUGAUUCUGUACUAGAAGUAUUUUGUAUCCUUUCCAAAGCGGAAGUUCAGAAGAAAAUGGAUAAGAAGCUGAAAAAAGCUAGAAAGAAAGCAAAAUUGAACUCUGCCAGUGGGGAGGAGGACCCUGAAACUAGUGUCUCAAUGACACUGCAGGAUGAGAUCCAUCGGGUGGCCAAUAUCAAGACUUCUUCCAAGAUCAAAUCCUUUGACCUGAUUCAUUCACCUCAAGGAGAGUUAAAGGCAGUCUUCCUGCUGCAGAACAACCUGGUGGAAUUAUAUUCUCUCAAUGCAUCCUUGCCGACCCCUCAGCCUGUCAGGACAAGCAGGAUCACCAUUGGAGGCCAUCGCAGUGAUGUGCGCACUUUGUCCUUCAGCUCGGAUAAUAUAGCUGUGCUUUCAGCUGCAGCUGAGUCCAUUAAGAUAUGGAACAGGUCUACCCUGCAGUGUAUCCGUACGAUGCCUUGUGAAUAUGCUCUCUGCUCUUUUUUCGUUCCUGGUGAUAGGCAGGUGGUCAUAGGAACAAAGAUGGGAAAUCUGCAGCUUUUUGACCUGGCCUCAGGCAAUCUCUUGGAGACGAUAGCUGCCCAUGGUGGAGCUUUAUGGUCCAUGUCUCUUUCUCCAGAUCAGCGUGGCUUUGUGACAGGUGGUGCUGAUAAAGCUGUCAAGUUCUGGGACUUUGAGUUGGUGACAGAUAAAAAUAGUACCCAGAAGAGACUUUCUGUGAAGCAGACUCGAACCUUGCAACUAGAUGAGGAUGUCUUGUGUGUUAAUUACUCUCCCAAUCAAAAGCUGUUGGCUGUGUCUUUGCUGGACUGCACUGUGAAGAUUUUCUAUGUUGAUACUUUAAAGUUUUUUCUCUCAUUGUAUGGACACAAACUGCCUGUUAUAUGCAUGGACAUCUCCCAUGAUGGAGCACUAAUAGCAACUGGCUCUGCUGAUAGAAAUGUGAAAAUCUGGGGCCUGGACUUUGGGGACUGCCACAGGUCUCUCUUUGCGCACGAUGACAGUGUGAUGUACCUACGGUUUGUACCUAAGUCUCACCUCUUCUUCACCGCUGGGAAGGAUCGCAAGAUCAAGCAGUGGGAUGCAGACAAGUUUGAGCACAUCCAAACGCUGGAGGGGCACCACCAGGAAAUAUGGUGUUUGGCUGUCAGCCCCAGUGGAGACUACGUUGUAUCAGCAUCUCAUGACAAAUCUCUGAGACUCUGGGAGAGAACGAGAGAACCUCUUAUUCUUGAGGAAGAAAGGGAAAUGCAAAGGGAAGCCGAGUAUGAGGAGAGUGUGGCCAAAGAAGACCAGCCAGCAGUUCCAGGGGAGACUCAAGGUGACAGUUACUUCACUGGGAAGAAAACGAUUGAAACAGUCAAAGCAGCUGAGAGGAUCAUGGAGGCCAUCGAGCUGUACCGAGAAGAAACUGCAAAAAUGAAGGAACACAGAGCCAUUUGUAGAGCGGCAGGGAAAGAGGUUCCUCUUCCUGUCAACCCCAUCCUGAUGGCUCAUGGCAAUAUUUCUCCUUCGGCAUAUGUGUUAGAGACCUUUAAAGGGGUCAAGUCUAGUGAACUAGAAGAGGCUCUGCUUGUGCUGCCAUUCUCUUACGUCCCAGACAUUCUUAAACUACUCAAUGAAUUCAUUCAGAUGGGCUCCGACAUCGAACUUCUGUGCCGGUGCCUCUUUUUUCUCCUCAGGAUUCACUUUGGCCAGAUCACCAGCAACCAGAUGCUUGUGCCUGUGAUAGAGAAACUAAAGGAAACAACUAUUUCAAAAGUCAGGCAAGUCCAGGAUGUCAUUGGCUUUAAUAUGGCAGGUCUCGAUUAUCUCAAGAGAGAGUGUGAAGCAAAGAGUGAAGUUAUGUUCUUUGCUGAAGCUACUAGUCACUUGGAAGAGAAGAAGAGGAAACGCAAAAACAGAAAGAAGAUGAUUUUAACACUGACUUAGAACUGAAAGGCUGUGUCUUUAUCUGCUUCCCCUUAAAAUUUAAGGAGCAUGUAAACUAAGCUAGAGUGGAGUUGGCAUCUUAAAAGUACCAAAAAAGAUCAUGUUGUAGAUCUUGGAGUACAGCUGUCAUCUUUGGCUGAGGAAAUCCUACAUGGCUGUGUGUUCUGACUCCCAUCCUUCGGACUGGACAGAUUUAGUUCAAAAAAUCUGUUCUUCAGAGUUGAGCCUUUAAAUUGUAGCAAGGAGCAAAAGCAUAUUUUUUUAAUUGUGUAUUUGUUUCCUUUGAGUUGAAAUAGACAUUUCAGAAAUGUCUAUUUAUGGCAGAUUAUUUGUAUUAGAGCUUUUCUAUUUAAGAUAAUCAUGUAUAUCAGUGUCUUCUAAAUGAAGUUCCAUGGACUUUGGGGCUGAAAGGGAUGACAGAAUAUCUAGAGCAGCCUCCUUAAGACGGUGUAGCUUGUUGAGUCUGCGUAUAAGAAGUUCACAAUGCUGUUUGUACUUUGGGGAGUAAAAUAGCUUUUCCAUUAAAACCGUUUCAUAUGUCUUGCUGGCAGUCUGAAUAAUAGUGGGAGGGAUCUGGUGUAAAUAUAUAUGUAUUUCUACCUGGUAGGAAUUUGGGGAGGCAGGGAUAUCUAGAAAAAUAGAUUGACUCAGAUACCUCUGGAUCUGGGCUUUUCUUUGUGGGGAAUUUAUAUCUUUUUUUUUUUUUUUUUUUUUUUAAUUUUAUGUGCAUUGGUGUUUUUGCCUACAUGUGUAUGAGGGUGCUGGAUCCCCUGGAACUGGAGCUAUAGACAGUUAUGAGCUGCUAUGUGGGUGUUGGGAAUUGAACCUGGGUCCUCUGGAAGAGCAGCUGGUACUCUUAACUGCUGAGCCACCUCUCCAGCCCCAGGGAUUUAUAUCUUAAGAUAAGGACGAGAGGGAAGUCCAUACUGAGUUUGUCUUCCAAAAUUCCUAUCUAGUAGAACCUGUAAAUAUGACCUUAUUUAUAAAAUGAUCUGUGAAUAUGAAGUCAUUCAGGACAAGGGUAGCCUCUAGUUAAUCCUUACAAGGGGAGACACAGAGAAAUUGACAAGGAAUGUACUAUGUGAAAAAGGCAAAGGAUGGAGUAAUGCUAAUACUUGCUUCUAGACACUUAGAAAAAAGUAUCCCCCAGAGCCUUCAGAAGGAACCAGCCUUCCUACUGUUGGUGCCUGGAUUUUAAAGCUCAGGCCAGCAAGCUAUGAGAGAAUGACUGGAGUGAUUUAUUGUGCUUCAUUAUGGAGCCCCAGGAAAGAGACAGAAGUUGUCAUUACCAUUGUAUCUCACUCUAUUGGGCACAGAGUGGAGUUUUCAGAGGGUUUAUGAUGUGACUGGGGAACAUACUUAGAACAGCAGAUCCCAAGAAUCCUUUGAGCUUGGUGCUGAAAAGACUUCUAAGAAUGUAAAGCGAUGCCUCUGCCAAAUUUUUGUUUUAGAUAAUGAUUUUUUUCUUUUAAUCAGUAGCCCUCCUAUAUACAAAUGACAGACUGCGAAAGAAAUCAAGGAAAGAACACUUUUUAAAAUAGCCUUAAGUAAUAUAAAAUAUCUUGGGGUAAUGCUAAUUAAGCAAGUAAAAGACUUGAAUGAUUAAAAACUUCAAGUCAGAUAGAAAGAUCCCCCAUGCUCAUGGAUCGGCAAGAUUACUUAUAUUGUAAAAAUGGCCUACUGAAAGCAAUUCACAGAUUCAAUACAAUCCCCAAUACAGUUUUUCACAGAAAUUGAAAGGACAGUGUUCAGCUUCAUAUAGAAACCAACAAAGAUAGCUAAAAACAACCCCCAAAUAAUUAAAAACUACAGGAAGUAUCACUAUCCCUGAUUUCAAGUUGCACUACAAAGCUAUAGUAAUAAAACCAACAUGGUAUUGGUACAAACAGACACAGUGAACCAUUAAAUCUAAUUGAAGACCCAGACAAAUGCACACACCUAUGGACACUUGAUUUUCUAUAAGCCAGAAACAUAUACUGGAAAAAAGAAAGCAUCUUCAACAAAUUAUGCUGGUCAACUAGAUGUCUACAUAUAGAUGAAUCCAAAUAGAUCCAUACUUAUCACCCUGUAUGAAACUUAACUCCAAGAUUUCAAUAUAAAACCAGACACCCUGAACCUGAUAGAAGAGAAAAUGGAGAAUAUCCUUCAACUCAUUGACACAGGAAAAGAAUUUCUGAACAGAACAUUAGCACAGGCACUAAGAUCAACAAUUCAUAAAUGCGACCUUGUGAAACAGAAGCUACUGCAUGGCAAAAGACACUGCCCUUCAGAUAAAGAGGCAACCUACAGAAUGGGGAAAGAUGAUUUUUACCAACUCCACAUCCAAUAGAGGGCUAAUAUCCAAAAUAUAUAAAGAACUCAAGAAACUAGACAUCAAGAAAACAACCCAUUUAGAAAAUGGGAUACAGAUCUAAACACAGUUUUCAAUAGAGGAAACUCAAAUGUCUGAGAAAUAAAUGUUUAACAUCCUUAGCCAUCAGGGAAAUACAAAUCAAAACUACUGAGAUUUCAUCUUAACACCUGUUGGAGUGGCUGAGAUCAAACAAGUGACACCUCAUGCUGGCGAGGAUGUAGAGUGAGGGGAACACUCCUCCAUUGCUGGUGGGAAUGCGAACUUGUACAGCUACUAUGGAAAUCAGUGUGGUGGUUCUUCAGGAAGAUGUGAGUUAAUCUACUUUAAGAUCCAGCUAUACCACUCUUGAGCAUAUACCCAAAGGAUGCUUCAUCCUACCACAGAGAAACUUGUUCAACCAUGUUCAUUGCUGCUCUAUUUAUAAUAGUUAGAAAAUGGAAACAACCUCGAUGGCCCCCUAUGGUGAUAUUUUAUUUGUACUGAAAUGUGAUUUUAUUUGUAUGUUAACAAAUAAAGUUGCCUGGGGGUCAGAGCUAAUAGCAAGCCAUAGCAGAGCUGGGCAUUUGUGGCGCACGCCUUUAAUCCCAGCACUUGGUAGACAGAACUAGGUAGAUCUCUGUGUUCAAGGAUACAGCCAGCAUUGGAGACACACGCCUUUAAUCUCAAUACCAACCAUAGAAGACCUGGAGGUCUGUACAGACAGGCAGUGACGGGGCAGUCAUGUGGUUGGGUUUACAACCAAUGAGAAGGCAGAACAGGAAGUCUAUAUAAAGACAAACAGACAGGAAGUACAUCUCUUUCGGAGAGGUCUCUUGGCUGAAGAGGCUAGCUGCAGCAGACGGGUAAGGCUCUUAGCUCUGAUCUCUUGGCUUUCCUCUUUGCA